GGGAGGCGGGCGGAGGAGGAGGCGGAGGAGGCGGGAGCUGAGCUGAGCGGGGCGGGCGGCGGCGGCGGGGCCCGAGCCCGAGAAGAUGGCGGUGCGGAAGAAGGACGGCGGCCCCAACGUGAAGUACUACGAGGCCGCGGACACCGUGACCCAGUUCGACAACGUGAGGCUCUGGCUCGGCAAGAACUACAAGAAGUAUAUCCAAGCUGAACCACCUACCAACAAGUCCUUGUCUAGCCUGGUUGUACAGUUGCUACAGUUUCAGGAAGAAGUUUUUGGCAAACAUGUCAGCAAUGCACCGCUCACAAAACUGCCGAUCAAAUGUUUCUUAGAUUUCAAAGCAGGAGGCUCCCUGUGCCACAUACUUGCAGCUGCCUACAAGUUCAAGAGUGACCAGGGAUGGCGGCGUUACGAUUUCCAGAAUCCGUCACGCAUGGACCGCAACGUGGAAAUGUUCAUGACCAUUGAGAAGUCCUUGGUGCAGAAUAACUGCCUGUCUCGACCUAACAUUUUUCUGUGCCCAGAAAUUGAACCCAAACUGCUAGGGAAAUUAAAGGACAUUAUCAAGAGACACCAGGGAACAGUCACUGAAGAUAAGAACAAUGCCUCCCAUGUUGUGUAUCCUGUCCCAGGGAACUUGGAAGAAGAGGAAUGGGUACGACCAGUCAUGAAGCGGGAUAAGCAGGUUCUUCUGCACUGGGGCUACUAUCCUGACAGUUACGACACGUGGAUCCCAGCCAGUGAAAUUGAAGCAUCUGUGGAAGAUGCUCCAACUCCUGAGAAACCUAGGAAGGUUCACGCAAAGUGGAUUCUGGACACAGACACUUUCAAUGAAUGGAUGAACGAGGAAGACUAUGAGGUAAAUGAUGACAAAAGCCCCGUCUCCCGCCGAAAGAAGAUUUCAGCGAAGACGCUGACGGAUGAGGUGAACAGCCCAGAUUCAGAUCGACGGGACAAGAAAGGGGGGAACUAUAAGAAGAGGAAGCGCUCCCCCUCUCCUUCACCAACCCCGGAAGCCAAGAAGAAAAACGCCAAGAAAGGUCCCUCGACACCUUACACCAAGUCGAAGCGUGGCCACAGAGAGGAGGAGCAAGAAGACCUGACAAAGGACAUGGAUGAGCCUUCACCAGUCCCCAAUGUAGAGGAGGUGACGUUGCCUAAAACAGUCAACACUAAGAAGGAUUCAGAGUCCGCGCCAGUCAAAGGAGGCACCAUGACUGACCUGGAUGAACAGGAAGAUGAAAGCAUGGAGACCACGGGCAAGGAUGAAGAUGAAAACAGUACGGGGAACAAGGGGGAGCAGACGAAGAAUCCAGACCUACAUGAGGACAACGUGACUGAACAGACCCACCACAUCAUCAUUCCCAGCUACGCCGCCUGGUUUGACUAUAAUAGUGUUCAUGCCAUUGAGCGGAGGGCUCUCCCCGAGUUCUUUAACGGCAAGAACAAGUCCAAGACUCCAGAAAUCUACCUGGCUUAUCGAAACUUCAUGAUUGACACGUACCGGCUGAACCCCCAAGAGUAUCUCACCUCCACUGCCUGCCGCAGGAACCUGGCUGGUGAUGUCUGUGCCAUCAUGAGGGUCCAUGCCUUCCUAGAACAGUGGGGUCUUAUUAACUACCAGGUGGAUGCAGAGAGUCGACCAACCCCGAUGGGGCCUCCGCCCACCUCUCACUUCCAUGUCUUGGCAGACACGCCAUCAGGGCUGGUGCCUCUGCAGCCCAAGACCCCGCAGCAGACCUCUGCUUCCCAGCAAAUGCUCAACUUCCCUGACAAAGGCAAAGAGAAGCCGACAGACAUGCAGAACUUUGGCCUGCGCACAGACAUGUACACAAAGAAGAACGUCCCCGCCAAGAGUAAAGCUGCGGCCAGUGCCACUCGAGAGUGGACGGAACAGGAGACGCUGCUCCUCCUGGAGGCACUGGAAAUGUACAAAGAUGACUGGAACAAAGUGUCAGAGCACGUGGGAAGCCGCACGCAGGAUGAGUGCAUCUUGCAUUUUCUUCGUCUUCCCAUUGAAGACCCGUACCUGGAGGACUCAGAGGCCUCCCUGGGCCCCCUGGCCUACCAGCCUAUCCCCUUCAGUCAGUCAGGCAACCCUGUUAUGAGCACUGUUGCCUUCCUGGCCUCUGUCGUCGAUCCUCGAGUCGCCUCUGCUGCUGCGAAGUCGGCCCUAGAGGAGUUCUCCAAGAUGAAGGAGGAAGUGCCCACAGCCUUGGUGGAGGCCCACGUCCGGAAAGUGGAGGAGGCAGCCAAAGUGACGGGCAAGGCAGACCCGGCCUUUGGUCUGGAGAGCAGCGGUAUCGCAGGAACCACCUCUGAUGAGCCUGAGCGGAUUGAGGAGAGCGGGACGGACGAGGCACGGACAGAGGGCCAGGCCACAGAGGAGAAGAAGGAGCCCAAGGAACCCCGAGAAGGAGUUGGGGCUGCCGAAGAAGAAACAAAGGAGAAGACCAGCGAGGUCCCCAAGAAGGACGAAGAGAGAGGGAAGCAAGGUGACAGCGAGAAGGAGUCAGAGAAGAGCGACGGGGACCCCAUAGUUGACCCGGACAAGGAGAAGGAGCCAAAGGAAGGGCAGGAGGAAGUGCUGAAGGACGUGGUGGAGUCGGAGGGGGAGAGGAAGACGAAGGUGGAGCGGGACAUCGGUGAGGGCAAUCUGUCCACCGCCGCCGCUGCCGCCCUGGCCGCCGCCGCCGUGAAGGCCAAGCACCUGGCCGCCGUGGAGGAGAGGAAGAUCAAAUCGCUGGUGGCCCUGCUGGUGGAGACCCAGAUGAAAAAGUUGGAGAUCAAACUCCGGCACUUUGAAGAGUUGGAGACCAUCAUGGACCGGGAGCGAGAGGCACUGGAGUAUCAGAGGCAGCAGCUCCUGGCCGAUAGACAAGCCUUCCACAUGGAGCAGCUGAAGUACGCGGAGAUGAGGGCCCGGCAGCAGCACUUCCAGCAGAUGCACCAGCAGCAGCAGCAGCCCCCGCCAGCCCUGCCGCCAGGCUCCCAGCCCGUCCCGCCCGCGGGCACUGCCGGGCCGCCCGCGCUUCACAGCCUGGCUAUGGCUCCAGCCUCCGUCGCCCCUGCUCCCGCUGGCGGUGGGGCUCCCCCCGGAAGCUUGGGCCCCUCUGAACAGAUUGGGCAGGCAGGGUCAGCCGCGGGGCCACAGCAGCAGCAACCAGCUGGAGCCCCCCAGCCUGGGGCAGUCCCACCAGGGGUAGCCCCCCCUGGACCCCAUGGCCCCUCGCCGUUCCCCAACCAACCAACUCCUCCCGCAAUGAUGCCAGGGGCAGUGCCAGGCAGCGGGCACCCAGGCGUGGCGGGUAAUGCUCCUUUGGGUUUGCCUUUUGGCAUGCCGCCUCCUCCUCCUCCCGCUCCAUCCAUCAUCCCAUUUGGUAGUCUAGCCGACUCCAUCAGUAUUAACCUGCCCCCUCCUCCUAACCUGCAUGGGCAUCAGCACCAUCUCCCGUUUGCCCCGGGCACUCUCCCCCCACCUAACCUGCCUGUGUCCAUGGCGAACCCUCUACAUCCUAACCUGCCGGCGACCACCACCAUGCCAUCUUCCUUGCCUCUCGGGCCGGGGCUCGGAUCCGCCGCAGCCCAGAGCCCUGCCAUUGUGGCAGCUGUUCAGGGCAACCUCCUGCCCAGUGCCAGCCCACUGCCAGACCCAGGUACCCCCCUGCCUCCAGACCCCACGGCCCCAAGCCCAGGCACAGUCACCCCUGUGCCACCUCCACAGUGAGGAGCCAGCCAGACAUCUCUCUCCCUCACCCCCUAUGGAGAUCAAGGUUCCAGGAACAGCCCUCUCCCCACCACUGGGACCCUUCCCCAGCCUGGAGAGUUCAUCACUACGUAAGGAAAGCUCCUCCUGCCCCUCCAAAGCCCCCACCAUGCCUGUCAGAGGCAUGCAUUUUUAUAUCGGAUUAUUCAAGGACUUCCGUUUAAAAGAUGUUUCUAAUGUCUGGGAGAGCGGAUAGGAUGGGGAUGCUGCCCUCCAAGAAAGAGCUGGGGAAAGGUGUUUAUACAAGGUUCUAAUUAACCACUUUUAAAGGUGCACCCCCUCAAAACUACUGCAUUUUUUAUGGAUGGAAAAAAAAAAACAACAAAGCCCUUUAAAGGAAGCAGAGAGAUAUAAGAAGGCCACAUUGGAGCUCCCUCCACCCACUAAAAAAAAAAAAAAAAAAAUCCAACUUUUACAUUUUUUGGAGGAAGGAGGUGACAGGAAAGGGGAGUUAAGGUUCUGGGAGAGCUCUGGGGAUAGAAUAGGGUGCAAAAUCUGUCUCUUCCAGUCCCUCGUUAGUGACCGAAUCAACUCCCAAACCCCCUCAGCCACCCCAACCCCAGUUUAUUCCUACUAAUCUCUCCUGCUGCCUCCUCAGUGUUGCUGUUUUAGGCCACCCCAGCUCAGCCAAUGACCCCUUUCCCCCUGAAUGUCAGUUUUGUGUUUUUAAAAGUCACCUGCGUAGUUGAUGUCAGCGUAUGUGUAUUUGGUGGGGAAACGUAUUUUGGGGAUUCCUGUGGUAGGUAAUAGAGGAAAAAAGGGCCCUGUCCCUCCUCCCUGGGCCCUGUCCCUGGGCUCCUAGAAGACACGGAGAGGGGAGCUAGAGAGGAGGGGGAGUUGUAAAAACCUGAAUUUUUCAAAAAGCACUUAAGCACCUCCUUCUUAUGACUUGGUGGGUCACUCCUCUAACCUCUUCUACUAAGACCAUCAGAACCUUGACUGGUAGCUGGGGGUUCCCUGGGAUUUGGGGACAGUGGAGGAGGGGUGCCAGACCCAGGGUAGUGCCUACCCCCAGCUUGCAGCUCGGCUCUGCUCCUGGAUUCCACUGCCUCCCCUACCACCUUUCCCUUCUUCGUCCUUGACGCAAAGGCAGCCCGGACUCCAGGCUCUCCACCGGUUCUCCCGGCCCCUCCCACCAGGCCUUUGUUCCUCACGUCCCGUGUUUUUCUUCCUCUGCGUCUUGGCACCUUUCUUCUGUUCAAAAGGUUUCUGUAAAUUUUCUUUUUUCUUUUCUUUUCCUUUUUUCUUUCUUUCUUUCUUUUUCUUUUCUUUUUUUUUUUUUUUAUAAAUUAAUUUGCUUUCAGUUCCAUCUUGUGAAUGCCUUCUGUGUUCUCUGACCCGUGGCUGUCAGGCAGGGGGAUUCGGGCUGGGGGCAGCCUUCCCAGAGUCCUUCCCAGGGGCAUUCGCUGCCACGGGCACGCAGACACCGGGCCUCUAUCCGCGUCGGGCUGUGCACGGGUACAGAGCCGGGUACAGGCUCUCACCUGCCCCAGAAAUAGCUGUUUGAGACUUGGAAGGACAUCCUCACAACCUGGAGAUUUUGUGUAUUUAUCCUUGCAGAAGUAAGGGCUUCAUUCCUUCCCUUAUUAGGCGGGAAAAAGGCAGGCAUCUCAUGUACUUGUGUUAUUAUUGGCCCCUAGCCCUGCCGAAGUGACUGACAGGCUCGGGCAGCGCUGAUACGGCCUGGCUUUCUCUCCAUCAGACACUCCCUGGGCUUUCCCCACCAAAGGCCGUCAGUGCUUGGGAGGGUGAGGGCUGGGUUUAACCAGUCGGAGGGCUAGGA